CAGGCAGGCAGGCAGGCAGGCAGGCAGGCAGGCAGGCAGACAGAGAAAUGGGAUCAUCUGGCUCAAGGAUAUGAUCAAUGAAUAGACGAGGAGAUGGGGUCCUCCGUUUGGACGCCGCCGCCAGAGGUGGGGCAGAGCGUUCUGAAUUUUGCUCAAGGUAGAACAAGCACUUAUAUGUUCCACCGCGCUGUAGGCCACAUACACUGGGGCAACUAGAAGAUAUAAUACCUUUUGAAGUGCCAAAGAUUCUGUCCGUAUUUUGGACACUCUGAGGACCUGCAUAUAAAUGAUGUACUAUACUGUAUAAUUGCAUCUCAUCCAGUGAUGACAUUAAGCUUAAGGUACGUAUCCUCAUUGUCAUUAGUGAUGAUCGUUAAAAGCCCAAAGGGUCACACCAAAGACCGACAACAUCCUUGAGAAGCUAACAAAGGGUCAUUCCGACCGAGGCAGCUGCUUCCGUUCUAUGCUCAGAUUUUGCUCUUAGAAACCCGAUGAAGACUUUUGCGACCUGAAUUUUGCUGGGCUAGUGAUUGAGCCACCAUUUUUUGGACCUCCAAUACAAGCAGAAGUGAGCAGGGGAACAUUUGACACGUGGACUGAAGGACCAGAGCUUUCUUUCUCCUGGUUGCUGUGCCGCUGCUCAAAUGGGAGUGAGUAAUCCAUGAUUGCCAUCUGCUGGCAAAAAAGUAUCUUGUGCUAGCUCGGCUUCUUUCUAGUCAAGAGCUUUCGUUGUGCAUGUUUGGCUGGGUGUUUGCUUCCAGACUUUCGACGAUUUGACCGCUUCUUUUAUCACCAACAAAUGAUUUAGGUUUCACGACCUGACAUUUCAGUUUCGGCUAUCGCUUCCAAGAAAGAACGAUGACUCAUGCGAUUUCUAAGACUCAAACAGAUCGGUUGGAGCAUUUCAUUUCACUCUUGCUUCAGCACGGCAGAACGCUUCGAAAUACACGUCGUGACUCGCAACCCUAGUGAGUGAACAUAUCCUGAUUGAAUUUGAGAGUCAACAUGUGCAUUGCGCACCUCAUCAUCAAAAUACAGCCAAUGCUACGAGUGAGAAGCACAGAAUUGUCUGCGGAUUCCAAAAACCUGAUGAACAAGAAAGGUGAUACUAACACAGUAUGGAAAGUUUAGGUGUACUGUCCUUUCCACCGACUCCGAGGCCUCAAGGCCUCAUCAUCGGCGAACGCCUGGGGGCCGCUCGUUCCGUCAAAGCGACGUGCUUGACAUUCCCAACGUGUCAAGCGGGAUACUUAAGAAGCGUCCGGCGGGCGCGGUGGUACGUGUCACGCUCGACGACUGCAAAGAUGGCGUUUGGCCUUCGCUCGCUAUUCCUCCUGUGCAUCCUCAUCCAACUCUGGGCCGGAGCCUGGUGUAAGCCCGUCAGUCAUGCAAAAGCUAACGGCUGCCCGAGAGGCUGGACUCGUCUCGACUGCCGCUGUUUCAUCUUUCAGGGCGAGGAGAGAACCUUUGCCGAUUCCGAGAGCAUCUGCAACAUUCUUGGCGGGAAUCUGGUGUCCAUCCACAGCGAUUUGGAAAAUGCGGUCGUUAGCGAGCUGGUGUCCCGUGAAGGCGUCACAGGUGGCUUCUGGGUGGGAUUUCAUGAUGCAAUAGAGGCCGAUACCUUCAUCUGGACUGACGGCACUGAUGUGGAUUUUGAAAAUUUCCAGUCUUGGCCGGCAGAGCCCAAUAACUCUGGCGAUUGCGUCAAUGUGAUAGACUCGGGCGGGGACUGGGGAGACGAGGAUUGCACAACAGAGUAA